UCACAGGUGUCUGAGAAUUCCUCCUCCUGGGACUCUCAGAGGAUCCAGAACUGCAGACCAUCCUCGCUGGGCUGUCCCUGUCCAUGUAUCUGGUCACGGUGCUGAGGAACCUUCUCAGCAUCCUGGCUGUCAGCUCUGACUCCCACCUCCACACCCCCAUGUACUUCUUCCUCUCCAACCUGUGCUGGGCCGACAUCAGUUUCACCUCGGCCACGGUUCCCAAGAUGAUUGUGGACAUGGGGUCGUAUAGCAGAGUCAUCUCUUAUGCGGGCUGCCUGACACGGAUGUCUUUCUUGGUACUUUUUGCAUGUAUAGUAGGCAUGCUCCUGACUGUGAUGGCCUAUGACUGCUUUGUAGCCAUCUGUCGCCCUCUGCACUACCCAGUCAUCGUGAAUCCUCACCUCUGUGUCUUCUUCGUUUUGGUGUCCUUUUUCCUUAGCCUGUUGGAUUCCCAGCUGCACAGUUGGAUUGUGUUACAAUUCACCUUCUUCAAGAAUGUGGAAAUCUCUAAUUUUGUCUGUGACCCCUCUCAACUUCUCAAGCUUGCCUCUUCUGACAGCGUCAUCAAUAGCAUAUUCAUAUAUUUUGAUAAUACUAUGUUUGGUUUUCUUCCCAUUUCAGGGAUCCUUUUGUCUUACUAUAAAAUUGUCCCCUCCAUUCUAAGGAUUUCAUCGUCAGAUGGGAAGUACAAAGCCUUCUCAGCCUGUGGCUCUCACCUGGCAGUUGUUUGCUUAUUUUAUGGAACAGGCAUUGGCGUGUACCUGACUUCAGCUGUGGCACCACCCCUCAGGAAUGGUGUGGUGGCGUCAGUGAUGUAUGCUGUGGUCACCCCCAUGCUGAACCUUUUCAUCUACAGCCUGAGAAACAGGGACAUUCAAAGUGCCCUGUGGAGGGUGCACAGCAGAACAGUCGAAUCUCGUGAUCUGUUCCAUCCUUUUUCUUGUGUGGGUAAGAAAGGGCAACCACAUUAAAUCUGUACAUCUGCAAAUCCUGCC